AUGGCCGAAGUUGCGGGACUCGCACUCGGGGCUGUCGGGGUUGUAGGUCUUAUCGGCGCCUUUAAGGACACCAUCGACCUCUUCGGCCUCUCGGCCGACUCUCGCGACCUGGGGCGAGACUAUGAGAUUUUGAGGAUUAAACUCGAUAUACAGAAAACUCUUCUGCUUCAGUGGACUGACUGCAUUCGACUUCUUCUAACGGAUGCGGCUACUCUAAGGGACAAGUAUGGACUUGACGAAGCAAACGAUCAAGAAGGAGCCACGCGCCUUGUUUCGGUCUCCUCUAUUAGUGCCUGGCGUAUGGGAGUAUUCAAGACUCAACAUGAUGAUUUCAAGAAACGAAUAGCACAAGGGCGCGACAAGCCUUUCCGCAGCAGGGCGGUUUGGGCUGUUCGAGACAAACAGAAGUUUGAAACUCUGAUCAGAGAUCUCGCAGAUCUUAUUGAGAGUCUCGACAAGCUGGUGUCUGUCACCAGUAAACGACCCGCCCUUCGAGACUUGGCCGAUGACGACGUGAGGAGUGUCUCUGGAUUACGAAACCUAAAUAUUCUGCUUGAGGCCUCCCAGGGAACACACAGAUUCAUUUCGGAGUCUGCCCUACGAAGCAUAUCCUGCGCUUGCGAGGAGAUCAUACUUAACCGACUCUGGUUCAGGAAGAUAUAUGAAAGGCGGGAGACCGUUGCAGAUGCCCAUCUGAACACCCUUAAAUGGGCUCUUUAUCCCCAAAAGGACGAGACUCACUGGCACGACCUGUCCAAGUGGCUCCGGAAACCUUCCCCACAUGAUGUAUACUGGAUAUCCGGCAAAGCCGGCAGUGGAAAGUCCACUCUUAUGAAGUGUCUUUAUUACUCAGAUCGCACCCGCAAGCUCCUUAAAGAAUGGCCUCAUCCCAGAAUGUGCAUGGUGGCCGACUUUUUCUUCCUCAAUCUCGGAACCGAGGAGCAGAAAUCCUUUGAAGGCUUAUCGUGGGCACUUCUAUACCAACUUCUGGAGCCUAAGCCGUCUCUCAUACACAAGACCCUUCCGAUAUGA